AUGAAAGAUUUCUUCGCAUCUUUUUUCCUUGCUUAUUUCGUUCAGACCCUCGCUAACUCCUCCGUGAAUUCCAUGAAAAGUGAUCAGAUGAGGAAAGCGCAGUGCCAUAUAAAUUAUAUCAGCAACUUCUACGCGGGACCGAACAGCAAGAAACUCGAGCAGCAGCUGGCUGAAAUAAAAGAAGAAAUCAAGGCAAUGAAAAGGAAAGAACCUGGGAGAAACGCUACAAAGGGUUGGUACAAUGCUGUUAAAUAGUUCAUAAUAUAUAUCGAAUCAUUUUGGUUAACUCUCCCACUAAAUCCUUUUUUUUUUUUUAAUUCAUUUCUUGUACAAGGACCAAACUGUUCGAAUAUCAGUCAGCAGCUGGUGGAACUUAAAAAGGAAAUUCUUGAAGAGAUCAUGACAAUAAAGAGAAACACAACUGAAGAAAAUGGUUUGUACAAAAUGUUGUUAAAUAGUUCAUAUACCUUAUAAUAAAUGCUUUGGUCAACUCUGAUGAAUUUUCAAAACACUUUUUGUACCAGAGCCAAACUGUGCGAAAAUCAGUCAGCAGCUGGUGGAAAUAAAAAAAGAAAUUCUUGAAGAGAUCAAGGCAAUAAAAAGAAACGAAACUGGAGGAAAUGGUACCAGAGGUUUGUACAAGCUAAGGUUAUACAUCUUAUUACCUAUUCUCGCUAGUAUUAAACUUUAUGCCCAACCUAAAAAAAAAAUUCCUAAGAAAAAUGUUGGAAAGGCUAAAAUCAGAUUCUUAGGCUCUCUAAAACGUUUAAACUGAUUCGCUUUGCACGUCACUUGAUCCCGGUUCAUUCGAUGUUCGAAGCAAAAGAUGGGUCCAUAUUUGCUUAGCGAGUAAACCUAAAGUGGUGGAGAUCAAUGCGUGCGUCUACUCACGCUUAUCAUUUAAAUUCUAAAUAUAUUUCGAGUGACAGAGCCAACAAUCUCACUGUAAAUAUCGACCAAAAUCGACUUUUUGUGGCACAUUUUCAAAAUUCGAAUUUCGCUCAUUUUUGGCUCAUCGAUAACCCUUACUGAGUAAUGAAACAUGCUUUAAUUAGUUUUCCCAAAUAACCUGUAAAUUCUUUUGUUAAAAUUCGAGAAAACUCGUUUUGCCCGUUCGGAGCUCAGAAUCCACUUCCAGUAAAGCGAAAUUUUACAAACUUCAUUGACUCCUACGUCAAACCACAACAAUUUGGCAGUCUUUGAAGAACACUAAUAGCUUUUAUGACCCUUUCUUUCUUAUAAGACGAUAAAUUUGUGAAAGCUGUAAUAAUUUUGUGGCCAGAAAGGUAAUGUUAAAAAUAGGUCUUAUUGACAAUUUCUACCGUUCAAAAUUAUAGGGAUAAAAUGAUGCAAAUUUUUACAAUGCGCUAUAACUUAAAAUUUCGCAAAUUGACUCUCUACCGCUUGACUAGUCCCCAAUCUAUCAGAAAAUGAAGCAAAUCUCUGGGCAAACGAUUUUAAGUAGCCCGCAAGACCUCGAGUUCAACCCUAAUUUUGCGAAAAAUCGCGACAUUCCAGUGGUUAAAAAUAGCGUUACACGACCCGUCUCGCCAGCGGUGUUAACAACAGAUACUAUACACUUUAAACAUUCUAUUCAAAGUUGAUCACAUGCCAAAUUCCAGCAUACAAUCUAUAUUAUAGCGGAGACGUGAUGAGAAAAAGUAUGUUUAAAAGGCUGGUUUACACGUCACCAGAUUCGUCGCCAAGAUUUACUUGUAAACUAAACUUGUCGAACACUACGUGCUUCAUCACGGGUUCCAAACACAAAAAAUUCGCCCUGAUUUGAAUAAAAGGCAUGUAAAAACAAAAAAAAAUUAUUAUCGAGUUGUCAUUUCGCUUUCAGUUUACAAGAACUGCGCUGAAGUCUACGAGUCCGGUGACAUAGAUCAGUGGAGUGUAUAA